AAUAACAAUUACUUCGGUAUAGACGUUCACAGUUGUAAUUAGUGUAUUUUCAAAAAAAUUGUCUAACAAUUUACAUAAUUUAAAUACAAAAAGCUAAACUUUCAAAUAGAGCGAAUUUCACUGAAUUUUUCUAUAUUAUAACAGUCGGUUUUUAUUUUGAAGUUAUUGUGAUUAUGAGAUUAGUAUGAUGAGGUUAAAUCAAUCAGUCUAUAUUAAAUUCAUGUGCCAACUAUACUGAAACUGAUACAUUUUUCGAACAUUUAAUUAUUUUCGAUAAUCUGCAGCAAUCUUUCAUGAGCUACACAACAUAUACUAUCACAUAACAACUGAUCACAUGACUACCUUUCAGCCAAUAAGAUUGUACACGAAUAAACUAGCUUUACUUUGUUAGGUUCUCGUUUUUAUAGAAAGGAGGAAGAGGAGAAUGAUGAUGAUGAUGAUUUAAUUAUUUAUGCUUUUUUUAUCAUAUAAUCAUUUUUUGUAAAUGUUUAUAAGUUAAAAUAAGUGUAAUAAUAAGUUAAUUCGUCAUGUUCCAACGAGGAGUUUUAAAUAUUUUUCCAAGAUUCAUGGUGAACAAUGUCUUGACACCAGUAAGGAAUAUUUCUAUCAGUGAACCGUUAUACUUCAAUGGCACAAACGUUCUAUUUGGAGAACCUUUGAAAAAAAAAAAGAAGCUCGAUCCAGCUUUAAUUAGGGCUAAAGAAGAGCGAAGAAAAAGAAAGUUAGAAAAGGCUAUUAGAAGACUAGAAAAGCAUACAAAACAACUGAAACCUAUUGCUGAACUUAAUUUAACUAUUGCAAAGAAAGCUGAAUUAGAAGCUCAACGUAAAUCAGUGCAAGAGUUGACGGUAGAAGAAAUAGAAGAAAGAGCACAAAAACUCAAAGAAUGGAAUAAAUUAAAAAACAUCGAGCAUAAAAAACUUAUGGCAUAUAUCUAUGAAGCUAUUACAAAGCAAGAUGAGGCUUAUGACAAACUUAGGUUGGAAUCAGAAGAGAAAUAUCAGAAAGCAAUACAAAUCGAUCCAACAUUUUUACCAUAUUCUUACAAAGGUCCCCCAGAAACACCUCCUGUACCAGAUUAUAUACCACCAGAUGGUGAUUACAUAGACAUUACCAGAAAGUUUGAGGGUGAAACUUGAAAUCAGUGCAGAAAUU